ACCGAGAGGUAGAUAGUGAAGGAAGUGGUGCUGUUUGUUAGCAUGUACGAGUCUGAUUCCAUUUUCCAUGUUAUGCUGUUUGCUGAGGAUUGCGCAAUCGGUUGCGGGGGUUUCUGCGUUAUUGGCUCAACGAGGUGGAGGUGUGUUGAGACAGGCAGGAGAGCUGCUGUUUCUGGUGUUUGAGGUUUCACAUGCUACUAUAAUUGUUGCUGCAAUUGAUUUAUUUGUUGUAAGAAAUCGGUCUGCAAGGUGUGAAGAAAAGGAGAAGCUUGAAUCUGUAAAUCAAGGAAAAUUUGGGUAUAGCAAGAAGGAAGAUCUGGAAUUACCAUUGUUUUUUAUUUGUCUGCUUAUUUUUGAAGAGAAGGAGAGGCUGAAAGUUGUUAUUGAACAGAUCACGAGCUGUAGCUUCUUGGGAUCCGAUGCGUUACUGGUAUUGGAUUCGAGGCCCAAGUCUUUGGUAUCUGUUCGUGAAAGAUCAUACUGGUGGGAAGAAACUGGUCUUUACUCUCCAAUUGCUGCCUUGAGCAAGCUUUCAUGGCCGGCUGUGGUCAUGACCAUGGUGGAGGAUCCGGGUUCCGGCAGUUCUCCCAUGUACACAAUGUAA